AUGCGGCUUAAAGGCUGGGCUGAGUGUGCUGUGGAGUGGGCUGCAAAGGACCCAUAUGGCUUCCUUACAACAGUUAUUUUGGCUCUGACUCCAUUGCUUCUAGCAAGAGCUGUGCAGUCUCAGAAAUUGGCCAAGAUGAUUGAGCCCAGGGAAAAGGAGCAAAAGAAACAAAAACGUCAGGAAAACAUUGCAAAAGCUAAACGACUAAAAAAGGACUGAAGGAAUGUACAGGCUGUCUGUCCAGAGGAAAACUGGAAAAUUAUGCGCCUUUGAAAGGACCCAUUAAGGUUUCCUUUUGGAUCUUAUGAGGGUAUUACUAAACGGAGUCUGAGUCUAUGGAAGAAUCAUGUCAGUUCUCACCUGUACUGUAGCAGCUUUUUGGCUUCGGUAUAGAAGUCUGUUGACAGUUACUGUAAUUGGCAUUUAUUAUGCUACAAAUUCUUAUAACUCACUUGCAUUUGCCUUUUUGCAGCUUUUGUAUAAAUACUAAAAUGAAAACAUCCUGUGGAGAAAAGUGGCUUUAGAUUAUGAACUCUAUUCAAAUAAUGACUUCAAAUGGGGUCCUGUUCUGGACUAAGGAGAUUAAGAAUGUAAAAAUCAGAAUUGUUCUGAGCAGAAAAGCAUGCUUUGGCUUAAAAGAUAUAUGGUGUUAUUACAUCUCAUCAUUAUUACUUAUUUCUUGGAAUAGAAUCAUUUCUGGUUUCCUCAAGGCGAAAUAAUAUUAUUCAAUGAGUACUUCUAUUUUCUGUAUUUUUCUCAUUUUUGCUUUUGAGAUACUGGUAAUUACCAGAUAUUCUGAAUUUUUUAAAAAAUCUAAUUUUAUAAAUAAUUCUCUUGUCAUCUUGACUAUGUAACAUACCACCUACUGUAUAUAAUAAUUUUUGUACUUAUGAACACUGCCAUUUUCUUAGAGAUUACUUGAGUAGAGUAACACUAUGAUUUAAAGCUUAAGAGGAAAAAUGCCAAACCUUGUAGUACCUUGGAACCAGUUUAUUCUCACUUGUGCUAAGCAGAAAUGUGAAGUAGUUAAAAUGUCUUAUCAGAUAAUUUGCUGAUUAUAUAGAUACCACUUCUGUUUUUUAUUCCAUUCUAUGUUUUAAUUCACGUGGUAGUGGUGUCCUUUACUUUUUGAUCAGACAGGUUCAUGGUGAGAAUUAAAAUUUCAAAUUUCUUUUAAGGAACUCUUAAAGAGUUACAGUUAUAUGUCAUUAAUGGUAAAGUCUUAACAUUUGGAAAAAUUUUGUUUAUACUGUAUUAAUUGGGUGAAAAAGGUGUAAAUUAUGUCAAAAUGAGAAUGUUAUCAUUAGAAAUAAAGAGGUUAAGGAGAUUUCCUUCGGUUAAAUAGUAUAAUUGGAACUUUUUACUCUUUAACAUGGCUUUUUUAAAUGCAUGGUUGAUAAUUUUAUUUGUUGUCAAUAACUAAUGGCUUAUUAAUGUUCUCCUCACCUCUAAUAAUGAAUUUUAAAUUGCAAAAAAUUGUCCAAUAGUUUUAAUUUUAAAAUGAAACUAAAUAUUGA